GUUUCGCAAUCAGUAUGACAACGACGUGACGGUCUGGAGCCCCCAGGGCCGGAUCCAUCAGAUCGAGUACGCCAUGGAAGCGGUGAAGCAGGGCUCCGCCACCGUGGGACUGAAGUCCAAGACGCACGCCGUCCUCGUGGCUUUGAAGAGAGCUCAGUCGGAGUUGGCGGCUCAUCAGAAGAAGAUCCUCAAUGUGGACAAUCACGUGGGCAUUUCCAUCGCGGGUCUCACCGCCGACGCCCGGCUGCUCUGUAACUUCAUGCGUCAGGAGUGUCUGGAUUCCCGCUUUGUCUUCGAUCGCCCGCUCCCGGUCUCCCGCCUGGUGUCUUUGAUCGGAAGCAAAACACAAAUUCCUACCCAGCGCUAUGGGCGGAGACCUUACGGCGUGGGGCUGCUGAUUGCAGGAUUUGAUGACAUGGGGCCGCACAUCUUCCAGACCUGCCCCUCUGCAAACUACUUUGACUGCAGGGCCAUGUCUAUCGGGGCGCGCUCGCAGUCCGCUCGCACCUACCUGGAGAGACACAUGACGGAAUUCAGCGAAUGUAAUCUGAAUGAGCUUGUGAAGCACGGACUGCGCGCCCUGAGAGAGACUCUUCCUGCCGAACAAGACUUGACCACCAAGAACGUCUCCAUCGGCAUUGUGGGGAAGGACAUGGAGUUCACCAUCUAUGAUGACGACGAGGUGUCAACGUUCCUGGAAGGGCUGGAAGAGCGACCGCAGCGGAAGGUUGAGGUGGCGGCCCCCGCAGAGGAUGCGGCCGACAAACCCGAGGAGCCCAUGGAGCACUAG